AUGGAGUUUGAGCAUACACUUGUUGGUGACUCAAUUGUGUUCGCUUUAGUAGUUAUGGAGGUUUCAUCUAACUCCACAAUAGAGAGCCCUGCUAAAGUCUGGGCAUCCCUUCCAAAUUUACCUCAUUAUAGGAUGAAUCCUACCGAGCACGCUGAACUCCAAAGGCAAGUGGAUGACCUCCUUCACAAAGGAUUCAUUCAUGAGAGUUUAAGCCCUUGUGCAGUUUCCACCCUGUUGAUCCCUAAAAAGGAUGGUUCAUGGAGAAUGUGUGUGGAUAGUCGUGCCAUCAAUAGGAUCACUGUAAAGUAUCAUUUUUCCAUUUCUAGACUUAACGAUAUGCUAGAUACAAUGGUUGGGGCUACAAUCUUUUCGAAGAUUGAUCUGAAGAGUGGAUACCAUCAGAUUAGAAUUCGCCUGGGUGAUGAGUGGAAAACCACCUUUAAAACGAAAGAUGAUCUUUAUGAAUGGUUGGUCAUGCCUUUUGGGCUAAGCAACGUGCCCAGGGUAUCUGCUAAACCUGCCAAGGUUCAGGCAAUUCUUGACUGGCCUGAACCUAAGACUAUUCAUGACGUCAGGAGCUUUCACGGGGAGUUUCAUUGGACACAAGAAGCGGCUAAGGCCUUUAAGUUGGUCAAGAAACGAAUGACGAAGGCCCCUGUCAUGCGUCUUCCCGACUUUUCCAAAGUCUUUGAGGUCGAAUGUGAUGCCUUCGGGAUAGGUAUAGGCGGAGUCUUAAGUCAUGAUUGUCACCCUGUUGCCUACUUCAGUGAGAAGUUAAAUGAGACCAAACAACGGUACUCAACUUAUGAUAGGUGGUCCAGGCUUUGCGCUAUUGGCACCACUAUUUGUUGCCCCAUGAGUUUGUCCUUUAUUCGGACCACGAGGCCCUCUGCAUAUUCAUUUGUUUUAAAACAUAAGAAGGGUGUGGAGAACCAAGCAGCUGAUGCAUUAAGUCGUCGUAUCUUCCUCUUGUCGAACAUGAGUAUCAAGGUCAUCGAUUUUGAAAGGUUUAAGGAGGAUUACGAGGCAUGUCCCGAUUUUAAAGAUAUCUUUCUUGAUUUGGAAAGGGGACAAUCAGGCACCACAAAUAGCUUUCGACUUGAGGAGGGUUAUCUCUUUAGAGCCAAUAAAUUGUGCAUCCUUCGAACUUCAAUGCGAGAUUUCAUAGUGUAG